CAGACGCGCAGAAUACGCUCUGAACCUCCUGCUUUUGGACAUAUGAACUUAAACACUAUCUCAAGAGACCGAGGCAUCGGCAAACUGAAUGAAAAACAAAGCAGAUGAAAACGGGACGAUAACUGACACCCGAGGGAGAACUUUUACAACUUUAAACGUUUUGAACAUGAAGUAGAGUGCUGCGUAAAAGCUUGCGCAAUCGUGCACAGACCAGACUGAGACGACAACAAUCUAUUGUUCAUUUAGUCCUUUUGAAGCAAAAAGUUUUGAAGAUGAACACCUCGGAUAUUUAUUGCGAUUCCCAAUUUACAAAUGCGUCCAACUUUUCGUGUGUGAACCGAACCGUCCCGUCGUACAGCAUCAUAGACAUCGCGUCUUUCAUGCACAUAUUCCCCACUAUCUACGGCAUCCUAUGUUCAGUUGGAGUUCUGGCCAACAGUUUGGUCAUCUAUGCUGUGGCAUCAUGCAAGAAGAAGAUGGUCUCUGAUAUUUACGUGCUGAAUCUGGCCAUCGCAGACUUGCUGUUCUUGUUGGUGAUGCCGUUUAACAUCCACCAGCUGGUCAGGGACAGACAGUGGGUCUUUGGGCACUUCAUGUGUAAAGCCGUGGUGGUGGUGGACGUCAGUAACCAGUUUACCACAGUGGGGAUAGUGACUGUGCUCUGCAUUGACAGGUACAUUGCAAUUGUACAUCCUACAUCUGAAAAGCGAACCAUUCAGUGGACCAUCAUCAUCAACAUUAUGGUGUGGGUGGGCAGCUUCCUUCUGAGCAUCCCAGUCAUGAUAUACGCUAAAGUCCUUUCCAAGAAGAACAUGGACAUGUGUAUGAUUAACCUGGAUGGGCCACAAGACAUGUACUGGUACACUCUCUACCAGUCCAUGCUGGGUUUCAUUGUCCCCCUGAUUAUAAUAAGCACAUUUUACACUCUCACUUUGUACCACGUGUUCCGCUCCGUCCGGCGGGUCAAACGCAAGCAGUCGGUGUGGGCCAAACGGGCCACUAAGACCGUUCUGAUGGUGAUCGCCCUGUUCCUGGUCUGCUGGUCUCCCUACCACGUCAUCCAGGUGAUCAACCUCAGCAUCCGGCAGCCCACCAGUGCCUUUGUGUACGCGUACAACAUCAGCAUCUGCUUAAGUUACUCUCACAGCUGCAUCAACCCCCUCAUGCUGCUGAUAUUCGCCCAGAACUAUCGCGAUCGCCUGUGCCAUCGCAAAGAGCUACGGUCCCAGAUCAGCUCGUCCAAGACCACCGUCAAAACCGACGGAGGGUCUAGCGUCAGCCCGGACACCAGCCACCGCUGCACUGUCAUCUAACGGCAGACGUGCUAUCUGAGGAAAACUGCAAUGCAACACUUGCUGUACGGGUGUCAAUUGCACGUAGACUGUUUCUCAAAGGGGAAAACUGUGAAAUGAAUCGCCACAGUUAACUUUCAGGAGGCAUGAAGGAGUGAAUUAGCACUCGAAUAUGUUUGUGGUUUGUCACACUCUGGAAAAGUGACUAUAAUGUCUUGUUUUUUUACUGUUAAUGUAUUUGUUGUAUAAUGUUAAUUUUUCAGUUGUUUUGAACGGUUCAUCACAUUGAACGUGACAUUUUGUGCUGUGAAAAACAAGGAAAAAGAAUUGUCAUACUUUACAAGCAAUCACAAAGAAUAGAAAUUAAGGCUUCCAAGCUUCAAAAGAGAAAGAAUAUCAUAAAAGGGUCAUAAAAAUCUAAAAAUCUUUGAAGUCAUGUAUUUCUCAUUGUUUUAUGCUUCACUUGAUCCAUACACAAGAUUUGUUUUGCUAUAGCAUAAUAAAUAUUAUGCACCAUACGGACCACUUUUUUUUUGAAAAACUAUUAUGGUGGUUUUUGUGUUACAUAAGAAAUGAUUUAUCCCUUUUAAAAACAAUUUAUCCCUUUAAAGACAAUUCAAUGUUUUUUGUUAUGUAUUGGUGCCUUUUGUUUGUGAUGUUGGGGAAUGAUAGACCAAAUGAGAGAACCACUUUUCAUUUAUGCAGAUGUCAAAUAAAAUGUCUAUAAAAUCAGUGUUUUUGUGGGUACGUAUCAGGUUGAAGAAGACCUUUAGCGAGUAAAAUAUGCGGAUCUAAGCCACAGGCCUAAUUGAUCGAAUAGAUAUGGCAUUCUGCUUUUUUAUUUCACUUUCAUGUAUGUGUAAAUAUUGGCUUAAGUAUUUUAAAAAAUAUAAUUACACAUAUUUAAAUAUCCAGAUGUCUUGUUGUCAUGCAUGUUUAGCUGUCUGUUUCAUCUUCACUUAGAACAUUGUACAAGAUAAAAUAACCCUGACUUUAUGCUUCUGAGCGUUUUAUUACAUCAAUUCACAAAGAUGUCCAGUGUGAAAUUCUCUGUGUGGUUCUGUUUUUCCUUUUUUUCGGAGAAGCCCCUGCGGCCCAUUUGAGAACAGUCAUGUUCACUGUUAACGUGUGACACUUAAAGUAUGUGUGACCAGUCACAUUUCAGUCCUGCCACCCUCAAUCAACACAUUAUGAUGCCUGGAAAAUAAACAAAGAACUUCAUAUUAUUUCUUUAAUUUAUAAUAUUAUAUUAUAUCAUAAUAACAAAUGCCUUUUAGUAGGGAAGACUUUUUAGGUAAUUUGCUAUUCAGGGAGAAAAACUGUAUAUUUCAUGAUCAAUGUUUUAACAUUUACCUCCUGUUUCUUGCCUGAGCUUUCUGUCCUGAAGGCUUUUGUUUUUAUGUGCUAUAAUUAUAUAAAAUAAACUAAACUAAAAAUGAUUUGAAUGUAAAAUCAGGAUCCUGUAUCACUUUUUUAAAUAAAUGACUGGGUUCACAA